AUGUACAUAAUGACAAAAUCUGGGAAAUUGGUGAUCAUACAGAGAGGCAACAGGAGAACCAAGGCAAGGUGGGAAGUGUGGCAAAAAGCUUUGGAUGUACUUCAUUUGGAGAAUUGUGUCUUCUCAGUACAAGUUAUACUUAAAGACAAUGUUCAUAACUGUGGCACACAUGAAAAGAUGUUGAACUAUGAUAUACUAAUUAUGAACUAUGAAACUAACUAUGCUGGAAAGAAUCCUAAUGGGUUUCACAUACAGAGGGAAUUAUUAUUUUAUUCUAAGCAUGGGCAAACUGUUACUGGAAUUACAUAA